AUGGUUGCCAUCUGCGUAUCGGCAUGGUACAAUAGCGAUGACGAGGACGUUCGUCACCGAGGCACUAUCGGCAACGAACGCAAGCCGGUUUGCACCAGGUCACGAAGCAGAGACAACGAGGACAGUCUGCCCUGCCCCCGGCGCCUACCUAAACUCUUCAGUCGAAGGGGUGUCACCUCUCUAGCCAUCGCACAUGGCGAUGUUGGUCUGGUGACACCCCUUGAUAAAGAGGUCCUUCGUCCAUGCAAACUGCAUGAACACAACGACGGACUCCUCCCACAGGACAGCCGGAAAAUGAAACCCUCUUUCGACUCAAGGGAACACUUUCCCCUCCACCAAGGAGACUGCUACCACGAGAACGAGCCCAAUCAACAACUCCAGAAAUACCUCGCUCAAAUGAGCUUGGGAUGUUGA